AUGGCCACCAUUAUUCCUGUUCCCUUUGCUGAUCUCGGCAAGAGCACCAAUGACUUGCUCGGCAAGGACUUCCCUGUUGGUCAGACCAAGUUCGAGCUCAAGACUGUUGCCCCCAAUGGCGUUACUUUCAACGUCCUCGGUAACCAGGACAACAAGUCUGGCCACAUCAAUGGUGAGCUCAAGACAAAGUAUGUCGACUACAAGAAUGGCUUGACCGUCACUGAGGCCUGGACAACCAGCAACGUUAUCACCACCCAAAUUGAAGUCGAGAACAAGGUCGCCAAGGGCUUGAAGUUGGACAUCACUGGAGGUUUCCUUCCCUCAGAGGGCAAGAAGAACGCCAAAGUCGGUGUUCAAUAUAAGCAGUUGGGCUUCAACUCGCGUGCUUACGUUGAUCUCUUCAAGGGUCCCACUUUCACUGGUGAUGUCGUCGUUGGCCGUGAUGGUUUCACUGUUGGAGGCGAUGUUGCCUACGAUGUCGGUGGUGCCUACAUCACUCGCUUUGCUGCGGCUGCUGCUUACACCGCUCCUGAGUACUCUGUUGCUCUUCACGCCCACAACUCCUUCAAGCUCUUCUCUGCUUCAUACUAUCAUCGCAUCAAUGCUGAUCUUGAGGCUGGUGGAAAGGCUGCCUGGGACACCAAGGCUGCUCCCGCUGGUGACAAGUCCAAGGCACCCGUUGCCCUUGAGGUUGGUGCCAAGUACUACCUCGACCGUGAUGCCUUUGUUAAGGCAAAGGUCAACAAUUCUGGUGUCCUCGGCCUUGGAUAUACUCAAGCUCUCCGCAAGGGCGUCAAGGUCUCCAUUGCUGGUCUCUUUGACACUACUAAGUUGAACCAGCCUGCUCACAAGCUUGGUCUCUCCUUCGUCUUUGAGGCAUAA